AUGAGUAGCAUUCUCAUGAUGGGCUUCAAAUUUGCCUUAUUAAUGAGUCUCCUGCUUAUAAGGCGGGAUACAGAAAUAGGUGUGCUUGUCAGUGAGUUAAGUGGAGACAAGAAAGCAAGACUUCUGAGUGUUACGUGCAACGCUGGAGAGAUGCUCACCUACGUAAAGAUCAAAAGUGCCGAAAGUAGUGCGCGCUUGUGCAAUCACAAAUGUGAGAAGUGCAAAAAGGGGUUUUAUAACUUUUCUAGGGACAACAAAAUAUGCCUACCGUGUCCCCUUGGAACGUUCAGCGACGUGGAGGGGUCCAUUGUGUGCAGAAAUUGUCCAGGCGGUUCUACUACGAAAAACACAGGGUCGGAAUCCUCUCGCGACUGUGUCUGCAGCAAAGGCUUCAAGGUAGACACCACCGACGGCAGGUGUGCAAAAUGCAGUGCACUCGAAUCAUGUGACAACGGUGAAAAUGUGUGGUCAUUUAAAAGUAUAUGCUCGAAAGAAAAGGGCGAAGAGUACGUAGAAUUGUGUAGGAAUGUACUAACCGAUCAAGUGUACAGUUUUCAAAUUUCAUGUUUUAAAAAAGACGUCUGUUUGAAUCACAAAGAAGGGAAGAGCUGCUUGGAGGGGAAUAAAUUAAUCCAGUGCAAAAUUUGUGAUGAGAAUUUCAGAUACCAUUUCGUAACUCCAGUGCAGCGUCCCUGCGUGCUUUGUAGUUUUACAACGUACAUAGUUUUGCUGUAUUUUAUCGCCCUCAGUUUGAUCCUAAGCAUUGUAAUACUCAUCUGUAUACAAAGGAAAAGGGAAAGAGAAAUGAGAAUAAUAAGACUGGUUGUUAAAUAUACGCAGUUUAUGUCUCUCCUCAGGUACGUGAACUCCGACUAUAAUCACUUCCUUUUAGACGCGCUGCACUUCUUCACGGUUGGAGUUCCGCUGAAUGAAAUCCUCGACUGUAUAUUUGUGAGUGGUACAAACGAAGAAAGGAUUGAAAAGAAGGUUGAUUUUUUGCUAUUCUUGCCUCUGAUCUUUUUAGUAUUUCCCCUUUUUGGAAUAAUUGUCCUCCGCCUCUUAAGAAAGCAAGGCGAAGAUGGGCUAAACCAUAACUCGUGUCAUGGUGGGGUGGAUAGUAUUCCUUCCCUGGAGGAGAACUCAUAUUCCCUGACAGGAAAAAACAAGCGGAAAGCAGAAGAGAGUGGCAAAUAUUAUGCACAGCUUUUCAUUUUAUACCAUGAAUAUCUCUACUUGGAAAUAAUAAGGCUAUGUGUUUUUUUUUAUUUUUGUAAUUAUGAUGAACACAGGAAAGGGGAUUUUUUGAUAGCGGAUGAUUCUUUAGAGUGCACCAAAAUGAGGAGAAAAUAUUAUAUAAAAAUAUGGAUAAUCGUACUGUACAAUACGUUUGUUAAUUAUUUCAACUACUUUUUAUUUUUUCUGAAGAAAUAUAUUCCCAGUUUAGAUGUCUUAUGCGUGUUAAAAGCAAAGGUAAGUACGCUUAGCCCUUCGGAUGACAUUUUCUUGCUACUCUUUUUGUUUUUGUUUCACAAACGAUUUUUUCAAAACAUGAAGGCAUCUCUAAUUGUUAAUGAUAAGAAUGGUAUAUAUAACAAUAAUGUGCACACGUUUCAGUUUGUUGUCAUUGUCGUGUCGUUUUCCCUCUAUACGUUAAUUACAUUUUUAUGCGUCUACCAAUGUGAUAAUUGCGCGGGGGAAGAGGAACUGGACAAACCAGAAAAUAAGCGAAAUGUGGGUCAUAUUAUGAGGACGUCCUCAGUUUAUGAGGAAGCAGAGACGAGAAAAAAAGAGGCCAACAAAUCCGAUGCCGUCAGGGACAACCGUUAUAACAAUGAUGGAGAAGCAGAAAUGGCGGAAUUAAAAAAUGGACAAAUGGGGGUGGCACAUGGUGAUCGGCGGGAGAAAGACGACGUGGAUGGCGAAGAAGGGAAUGCGGAUGAUAACGAGGAUGAGCACACACUGGAUACUCCAACAGGGGGUUAUAAACAAGACCACCCUGCUACCCCAUCCUGUGUUAUUCAAGCGAUAAAACUGAUGUCCAAAUUUGUUAAAAAACGCAAAACUGAGAAAUUUUUUUUCUAUUUUUCCAUGUUUGUGUAUGUCACCAUGGCGCUCUCCUACUACACCUUUUUAAGCUACGUGCAUGCAGGAAAAUUCCUGGAUGUUUUGACAAUCAUUUCAGUGCUAUGCAAUGUGUUGAUUUAUGCUAUAAUUUUCUUGCUGCUUAUAAAAUUGGUCAGAGGGAAUAACCGGAAUGGGGAGAAUAAAAAAUGGUUCAGGAUAAGCGACAUCAGAAUGAGGAUAGCGAAGGCGAAAUGGGUGACCAUAUGGAGAAGAAAAAAAACAAGCGGAACAGAAAAGGAACAAACAAAUAGGAAUCAAAUGGUAACAUUCAAACAAAGAAAUAACAAAAUGGAGGAGAAAUACUUUUUGAAAAAUGAACAAAGGAGUAUCAUGUUGAUAAAUAAUAUUCGGAAGAACAGUAAAAGUUUUAAGGUUAAUUUUGGUGAAGUAGAUGGCAAGUCAGAAAAUGACAAGUCUGUUGAAAACAAGGAAAGAAAUAAAUUUAUCAGAAGGUACAAAUUACUAAAAAUAUCCAAAAGGUGGAUUAUAUUUCUUCAAAAUGUUGUAGAUCUAUCGGAUGAGCCCGAGAAGUGCUUGUCCAUGUUGAUCAGCUUAACGCUAGAGAAGGAGUUCCCCAGCCUCGAUUUAGACGCCUGUUUGGAAAGAGUAAAGAAGAAUUAUUUCUCCACAAUGAAAAAUGUGCCAACUAUUUUGAAAAACUUUCUCAAAUAUACGAAUAAGUUUUUAGCCAUUCUGGAGAGAAGGAAAAAAGAAGGAAAGAAGCAUUCAAACGUAGGUGGACACGGAUGCACAUACGGACGCAUAAACGACUGCGACGAGUCGGCAAUCAUUUUCGCAUGGGGGUUAGGCAUUCUCAGUUUCGGAAAUCUGCAAGACGUAAAUUAUAACCUGUCUCCAGUCCUAUUUCACGUUUCAAAUGUGUUAUCCAAAUGUAGAUAUAUGAAGUACAUAAUGGAUUACUAUUUUAGGUACAUGUCCUAUACAGGGAUUCUUCCUUUGGGGGGUUUAGGAAAUUACUACUGCCCCCGUGAAACGACUACAGGGGGAACACUACCAAUUUGUGACACUAUUAAUAACAGGUAUGAGGGCCAAGAAGGGGAAAGUAAUCUUAAUAGGGUUGGCCCCGGAGGGCUGGACAACCAAACUGCAGUUUUUCAAGUGUUAAGCGAGGACAGACACCCAGAUGGAUAUAUAUAUGGGAAAAACGGGCAGCUCAAUAUAGAUGCGGCAAAUGAGCAAGCGUAUUUAGGUCCACUAUUUACCCAUACUGCGCAGAUGGAGAGCUACACAGGGGAGCAGUCCAUGUCGCUAUCGAGUUGUACCCUGAGUAGAAAAACUCAAACUGAUUUAAGCAUCCGGAGAAAAGGAAGAAGAGACAAUCAAGCGGAGGAUGGAUUCCCCCUCGAAUUUGAACUUAACCGCAUAUACGCCCAGGAACUUUGCAGAAUUUACGUUCAUUGCUUAUUAGCAGAUGUGAGUGAGAUGUACAGAGGCAUACAGUACACACAGACGUGCGAAAAGUACCUAUACAGUGGGGUUUUAAACCUAUGGGGGGAUCAGCACAAGAGUAGUAGUAAUAUAUAUAUGAGGCGGUAUUACGAACAUUUGGAGAGGUGGGCAGGACUGGAGGAGAACACCGCGGGGGAUCCAUCCUCACGAGGCGAAGACAAACCGGGAGAUAGGGAUUCAACAGAAGUAAUUUUCAACAUAGAAGAUUACAUAAGCAGCAGGGUUAUAGAAAUAGAUUUUUAUGGACAAUUUGAGCACCUAAAGCGUGACACGAAAAAUUAUUUAAUGAGCCUAAUUAAAGAAGGGGACUCUUUACAUGUGAAUGAGUUAACAAACUUUUCUGAGGUGACUCGAGAUAGAUCGCAGGAAAUGGAGAGAAAAGAAAAGGAAAAAAAAGCAAAAAAAAGAAAACGAAAAAAUGAACAAUUUUGCAAAGUAUUCUGUAGUGCUUUGCCAGUGUGCAUAGAAAAAUGCUGUUGGGAAUUUCUGGACAAGAAUGAACUGAAACAGAUUGAAGAGGAAAAAAGGCAAAGAAGAAAUUUCACAAUUUCGUGUGAAAACAUGGGGGAUGAAUAUUUUAAUGUACAUGUAUUGAAAAAUUAUGAAGAAAAAAUGACCUAUUUUAAGAUUGACUGCUAUGGAGGGGUCAUUUCGGUUGGAGGAGAUUUUGUGAACAAGGAAGGGGAGUUCUCAUGUAUGCGCAAAAAGGAGAAGACACGGAGAAAGACAACUGUGGGGGAGGAUAAAAAAGGCGAAACAAAUUUUACGGAAGAGACAGAAGACAAUUUUUUAACCGAACAGGGUGUCCAUAUGUUGCAUACAAACAUGCACAGUUAUAUAAGUUACGAACGCGUGGAGGGUUCCAAAAUGGAAAUAUUUACACACAACAGUUACGAGGGUGAAGUAGGAAUUACAGGAGAUUUGAAGGGAAUGAAUUUUUAUGACAGAAAUGCACUAGUGGUCCUAACCCCCCCAGUGGUUAUACCUACGGCGUGCACCAUAGAGGUGUGGCUGUUUGUUGGUUCAAGAGAAGGAACCACACAUGGACGGGAAAAGAGUUUCCUGUUUUGUGACAUGGAAGGAAAUUCCCCAUUCGUCAUUUCGAGAACGGGAAACAAAAUUGAGGACAUAGAAAUACACAUCAGUGAUGAGCGCAGGUUAGGCAAUUACUUUAGACAACUGCACAGUGAGGGGAAGAGAGAACCCAUGGCAGGAGCCAAGACUACCGAAGAGGGAAACCAUUGGAACGUUUACAUAAAAUGCGAGAAAACUCCCAAAUGGAAUAAAAUAAACUCAAUAGUGAAGCAAAAUCAGUGGAACUUAUUCAACAUAACCAAAUGUGCUAGUGGAUUAAUUUACUAUAUGAAUGGGAAGUACAUUAGCAGAGUCUCGCACGAAGUGUUAAAUUUAGAGAAACAAUUAGAGAUGAGCAUAUUUGGAAAUUCCUGCUUUGGAAAUAAUAACAUAGGAUUAUGUUCCUCUUUUAAAAUUUUCGAAUUUUUAAAAAAAGAAGAUAUAAAGAGAAGAUACGACAUUGUGAAGAAAGUCAAAGGAAGAGAAAUGAUUGGAGACAACCUCUGCAUGGAGAUGAAAGACCAAGUAAUAGAAGGCAUAGAUGUGAGGGACAAAUGCAUGCAGGUGUUGGAAUUUUUCAUGUACUUUGCGCAAUCGCAGAAGGAGAAUACGAGGGUCGUUGCCUUCACCAAUGACUCGAAUUAUAGAGUGAAAAUAUAUCAGCUACGCUUGGUUUCUAAGUACACAGGUUGCGCUUCUUUAGGGGAAGGAAACAGUCCUUGGAAAAGUCCCCCAAAUGCACACAUCUACGAAAGAAACAAUGAACAAUUAUACAACAAAGACAGCAAAUUAGGGUUGAAUAGUCGACCAAAUGGUGAAGUAGAGGAAUGUGCACACCUCCACAGGAAAUGCGACAGAAUAAUCCACAUCGAUGAUAAGGAAGAGUAUGGCUACAAUGUGUUCUUCAAAAAAGUGAGCAGAAAGGAAGACGCUCCAAAGAUUUACGGAAUAAAUAUAUUUUCUGACCUCCUUUGCUAUGCAUGCGAUUUGUCCAAAUUUUAUAACCUAAUUUUGGACCCGCCCUUAUCCAUAUAUAACGAAUUAGUAAAGCCGUUCGGGUAUACGCUAUGCCUUUGGGUGUUCCUGCCCAUAGAAGAAAACGUUUCCUUUUCUUCGUUAGUUAGUGGAGAAAAGGAUGCACAUAUAAGCGUUUUUAGUGAUAGGCUAGUUAUCGGUUGUAUUGAGAAUUACAGAAGGGGGAACAAGCAGUGUCAAACCUUUUAUCACUCUUCUGGAUUCAGCAUCAAGAAUGUGAAGAGGGGUUGGUACUACCUGACAGUCGUUGGAACUUUGAAGGGGCAAUUUUACUUUAUAAAUGGUUGCUUCAAGGGACAUCAUAAUUUUUGCUCCUUUGAUGAUAUAAAAUAUGUAGGAAAUAGUAGCUUGUUUAUUAACCCAUUCCCCUAUAUCUGUUUCUUCAAAAUGGUGACGAAGCCUUUAUCUGUCACUGAAAUAAUGUGUGAAUAUGCAUGUCCUGCUUAUGAUAAAUUAGGUGCUCCUCCCGGUUCUGCUUAUUGGUACUUACUUUUUGCAAAUAUGUUUGGAACAGCAGCCCCAAAUGACGGCAGCGUAGAUUCCGUGAGUGAUAAAUCUACGUCUUGCACGGGUUCAGACAAGGGGAAGUAUGUGCACUUUGAAAUUACAGAAUUUUUUGAUGUGCACGUUUAUCCAUACCGAGAGAGGAAAGACUACCAAUUCGCCAUAUCCGUUACGUCUAUGGGGAACAGAAAGUUAUUUUUUUUUAACCAAAAAAAGGAGCAAAUUAACAAUUUGAAUAUAUACCUGAAUGUCAGCAUAGUGUUGCCUUCAUGUUGGGCAAUUUUCGCUGUCAUCAAUUUGUCGUAUGUGAAUAAAUCUACCUAUCACUGUUUGGUGGGUGGGCAAAAUGGAAAUUCGCAUGUUGCCAUUAAAGGCUCGAAUUUAGCAUUAGGAGUUUUAACACACUUGGGGGAGGACUUUUUGCAGAAGGGGGGAAUACUUCAUGAGGUUAAAAAUGGGGGAAGAACGAACCAUUUGACACGGGAUUCCUCAUCAAAUGAUAAAAAACAGGGCACAUCAGGAGGUUAUGGUGAAAUUGGUAAUACAUCCCAGUGCCAAACGGAGAACAAUAUGAGUUACCAGAAUUGUCCACAUUUUCACAGCUCAGGGUACUAUCUCCAGAAUGAACUGAACGAGGAAAUUCUAUUAACAACCAGGUGUCGGCAGAAUGAACAAACGUUUUUCAUUGACUCGCACAAGGUGGGAGUGUGCAAAUCAUGUCUCAGUCCCAUAUGCUGCAUUGGAAACUGUCGAUCUUUUAGUGGCGAGUAUUUGUCUCCCUUUGGUUUUUACAAAUUUGUGCGCAUCGUUUAUGAGGAUGUUACGGAUGAACAGGUCAUCCAGUUUUACCGCUCCCUUCAUUUGCGUAGGGAGCAAAGGUAA